AUGGCGUGGAGCAGGAGCGGAGGCGGAGGGAAGGUGACGCCAAACCUGGAGUGGGACCAGGAGGGCACGCGGGCGCUCAACCUCAGCGUGCUGCGGCGCCUCGACCCCGCCAUCACGGACAUCCUCAUCAUCGCCGCGCACGUCACCACCUACAGCUUCGACGAGGACAUACUGGAUUGGAGCCGGAAGCCUGUGGAGGGGUCGUUCUUUGUCGUCAAAAGGAACACCCAACCCAGAUUCCAAUUGUUCGUCAUGAAUCAUCUGAAUACAGAGAAUCUAGUCGAAGAUCUCUUGACGGAUUUUGAGUAUCAGGUGCAAGUUUCCUACGUGAUGUACCGUAAUGCUGCAGAAGAAAUUAUUGGAAUUUGGUUCUAUAACCCACAGGAAUGUGAAGAAGUUGCACACCUUUUUAGUAGGAUACGAUAUGCAUAUUCUAGGGUGUCUCCCAAGGCAAAUCUUUCUUCCAAAAGUGUGUUUGAAGAUCUGGAAGCAGCGUCUAGGCCAUCUGCUGUACCUGCAGCUGAAGAUACUCUAGAACGGCUGGCAUCACCUACCUUGUUACCAGAUGAUGUUGAAGAGUUCAUGUUAGCCGCUUCAAAGAUUAAUUAUGCAUGUUUCCUGUGA